CCACAUUAGACACGGCGCCUUCACCGCUAUUUCUUUUCAUCAUUUUGCUUGAACCAAAUCGGAAUUUCUUUAAUUAUUAUUAGAAAAUUUGGCCAAUAUUCACGCCUCAAAAAUCUGGAAUCAUUUUGGCCCAGACUAUACUUACUGACACCAAAUCUUUGUGUAUAAAUAAGUAAGCCUAGGAUCUCUCACCUUCCUUCAUCUCCACAUUCUUUCUUCUCCCUCUUACAAAAACACAAACUCUGGUGCUCAGACACUCAGUAACAAACAACUAACUUACUACCCUGAGGAUCAGAAGAUUAUGGCUCGUCCGUACAAUGUCACCGUCUUCUUGAUUCUCUCAUUACUUGUGGUAUUAGUUACAUUGCCCAACGAGGCCGAGAUUGCCAGCCAAGAUGUGGAUAUCGAUGCUCGGCGACAUCACACCGGAAGCCGUGCAUGUUCUUCUGCUUAAAGUGCUGUGCAACUUGUUUGUGUGUGCCUCCUGGUACUUAUGGCAACAAACAAACUUGUCCCUGCUACAACAACUGGAAGACUAAGGAAGGACGUCCCAAGUGCCCUUGAUCAUUUGAUUCCGAGCUCUAUUAAUUCAGCACCCAAUCUCAUUCCUUAAUUGUUAUUCUCUGAAUUAUAUGGAGCUGUUUGUUUCUUUUUCUUUUUUUUUUUUUUUUUUUCCCAAAUUGAUUUCGUUGAUUGGUUUUGUGACGGCAAUUAUUAUUAGUACGUCUUAAAUUGGUAAUGCAGAAUUGAGCAUUUUUCGUCAGCCUAUGUAUGUACAUUUUUCUUGCAGUUACGAAUUGGGAUGAGUUAUUACCAGUAUAUGGCACUUGUUGCCAUGAACUACUGUAUUAUUUAUUUCUAUAGGGGGGGAAAAGAAAAAAAAAAAAAAUCAUUGCAAUCAAAUUAGACAAAGGUGCCAAUUACCAUGGUUACAACAAUCUACAAGUCAUAACGAGGACAUUUCCUAGGACUUGAGAACAAAGAAGACUAAAAUAUUUGCAUCACAUCAAUUUAAUCCUGACUAUUUAUGCUGGAGAGAUUUUUGGCCCUUUCUUUUAUGGUAGGAUAUGAACGUAAAUACUAUAAAUUUGGUUUGCGAUCGAGAAAUGAUAUCGUAGGAAUACAAGAAAAGGAAUAUGGAAUGGAUAAUAUCAAUAUAUCUGACAAAUCCCUAUUUUCCUUUUUAGCAAAUUCUUUUCCCUUCUUACUAUUUUUGAAUUUUGUGGACUCCGUUACAAACAAACUUACCACGCUAAGAUUAGAAGAUUAUUGCUCCAUAAUAUCACGACUCGGGGGCCUUGGGGUGGCCGGAAAAGAGAAUCGGAGAAAUUAGGAGGCCGGACGAAUUUCGGGUGAGGGAAAAUCGGAGGAGAAGGGAUAAACUGGAAAAAUCCAAUUUGGCGUUAAAAUUUUCGAUAAUUAAUUUUUCAGACCCAGGGACUAUACAUAGUCCACACAUUUUCAAAAAUGACUUUCGAAUCCCUAUAGUUUAUAACCUUACAAAUAAGUCCAGAGGCAUGACAUAAAUAAUUAAAUCCAACACCAAAGAUGGGCUUACAUGUUUCUAAGAUAAAAGGCCGAAACAUCUUGGCCCAGUUCGAUAACGAUUUUUCCUAUUAUUAUUAUGUUUUCUUUUUCUUUGUUCCUUUCCGUAUUCUUUGAAUAGAAUAGACAAAAUGCAGUACGAUUUGGUAUGAAUCAUCUGGCGAUACAUACAGAAUCAAAAUAUGGAGUUUAAUUUUCAAGCUCCUACUUUACCAGAACGUUGAUUAUUCCUCUCAUUUUUACUCCCUCUUUUAUGUUGCCUGAAUUAAAAUUGACAUGCUACAGUUGAACACUAAUCCAAGAGGUUUCUGCAGCACUUUUGUUUGAGUUGAAUUUGCGGGUCUUUUGUGAUUUGGAUUGCUUAUCCACUCUAUGAUGAUGGGUGUUGAUAAAAAUGCAACGAUUAUUGAUCCUGGAAAAAGGGACCAUUCUUAUAAAACUGGUCGACAAGGAUGGUAUUUAUGAUUUUAGUUCACUUUCUAGUUUGGGAGUUUGGACACUAGUGUUGGCAAAUGAGGGGCCACAUGCUACUUUUGUGGCUGGAAUUCCUCAAAAUCGUUUCAUUCCCUCUCCAUAGCCCAUACUCAAUACCUUUCAUUCCAUCAAUUCCUUAAAUUCUCAGACAAAUUUUUAUGAAAGAAAUUACAGUUCCACUAUUGUACAUAGUACUAUAUAUCACUCCUCCAACUCUGGCACCGCUGCUGUGUUUUCUUUAAUCUAAGAGGUCUCUCUGGUUUUCAGGAGAUGUUACUUGCACAGUAUUUACAUUGAUUCUUGAUAUUGGCUCCUGUUGGAAGCAAGUUUGGAGGGGACUUGUCAUUGCAGUGCAGACUAAAACCGUAUGGCUAAUAGUGGCUUUUCUUAUUCUUCUGUCAAAUCACCCCAGCACCCCAAGCUUUUAGCUAUCAGUCAAGCUGAUCUUGGAAAACAAAACAAGAGACUUCUCUCUGGCUUUAAUCGUAAAUUCUCUAACAAUAGGUUCCGACAUUUGCGUGUAAAAAUACUCAAUUUCAUUCCGUCCUCCGAUGGGUCGUCGUCGUCAUGCCAUUCAACAAAAACACAUGACUCUGAAACAAGAGAGUGUGUCAGACAAUUGGAUGAUCAUUCUGAUACUCAUAGAGAACGAUUUGAAGAUGAGCAUCCUGUCAGACCUGGGAAAACUAUUUCUUCGCAUCAGGGAUUAGCUGAAGCUUGUAAAUUUGUCUAUAAUGACGCAAAAUAUGUGAAUGAAAGGGCUAGAAAUGACUUUGUAUUGCUUUCUAGAGGGAUAAUGAGACUGGAUGCUCGGGCACGCCGAGAUGUUGCCAUUAUUGGCACAGAGUUUCUCAAGCUUGAUGCUCGGGCCAGGGAAGACACAGAAAAAAUUGACCAUGAUGUGAAAAGGAGAGCUGAAAGGCUUCAUCAUGUUGCUACUAUUUUAAAAAAUAUGGCUGGAUCAAGACUGAAAAAUGCUGCUGAUGAACAUUGGAGUGAUGGUGCUUUGGAGGCUGAUUUGCGUCGUGCCAACAAUGCUGCGAAGCAGCGAGCCAUGGAAGAUGCACUUAUGGCUCUUGAGUUUGUCAAAAAUAUUCAUGACAGAAUGGUCGGCAAGAUGAACAACUUUCCUUCAAACAGGAGUACUGGUCAUUUGUAUCAAACUGGCUUAGAAGACAAAAUAACCCUUGAAAAGAAUGGAAUAACUCUUGACUUCCUUGCACGAGAAGUAUCUGCCGAUCAAAUUGAUGCUAUUGAGGAAGCUUAUAUGAGCAUUGCAUCUGCAGUUUCAGAAGCUGAUGGGAUUGACUACACUGAUCCUGAGGAGUUAGAGUUGUUGGUCGCAACACUUAUAGAUCUUGAAGCAAUGGAUGGUAAAAGCAGUGUAUCGCUACUAGCAGAAUGUUCCAGUUCCCCUGAUGUCAAUACCAGGUAAUGCUAUAUUGACAUAUAAGAUGACUUUUCUGCAUUGUGUUCGUUCCAAUUUUUUUAAUUAGACUUAGAUAUCUAAUCGUGUAACCAUUACACUUCCCUUCAUGGGUUUCAAACUCUUGUUUAAAGCUAUAUCUCUUUAUCCCCUGUCGCUCAAAGAUGGUUUUAAAACAGACUUUGAAAUCCAUUCUUAGUUUUUGUAUUCAUAUGCAUUUGAAAAAUCCUUCUCUUCUUCGAGCCUAAUGUACAUGAAUCUAAUGUUGAUCAAAUACCUUGUAGUUAGUUUGGACUCCAAAAAAAAAGAAAAAAAAAAAACCCACAUCCGAUGCAAUACUGCAGGAAAACUACACUUCGUAGCUUAUGAAAUUCUAUCGUGCAGGAAAGCAUUAGCAAAUGCAUUAUCAACUGCUCCAUCAUUAUGGACUCUAGGAAAUGCAGGCAUGGGAGCCUUGCAGGUGUUCUAUUCUUCUCCUUCUCUUUCCAUCUUCUCUCUUACCCGCAAGCAUAAACAACGUAGUAAGCAUUUGUUUCCGUCUGCAGAGACUGGCAGAAGAUAGCAAUCCAGCAAUUGCUGCUGCUGCGUCGAGAACCAUUAAUGAGUUGAAAAAGCAGUGGGAAAUAGAGGAAGGUGACAACUGGAGGUUCAUGGUUAACCAAGUACAAAUGGAGAAUGAUAAUGAAGAUGAAGCAGAAUAGGAGGAGUUGGCUCUUUACUUUAAGUCAAUCUGUAGAUAUCCCUUGUGCUUCGGUGCAAGUUUUUGCUUGAUUACAUUAUUAUGGUAAAUCAAGUCUAUGAAUUAGCUUUGCUCUAAUUUCUAAUUCUCCCAAGUUUAUAAACUUUUCUUUUUUCCACUCAGGAAACUAGACACAGUAUGUAUUCUGCAUUUUGUUCCUUUUUUUUUUUUUU